AUGCCUCCCCUGAUCAUGGUCUUCUACUUCAUAUACACCAUGAAUGCUUCCAACUCUCAACUCAUACUCGUCAACCCUGCUGACCGUACAACAUGCAACGACAAUGUUUGCUACCAUCGCCAGCGACCUGGGAGUUUGCUCACUCAACCACUACAUGUCUCAUCCAUCAGGCUGGUAAUCCAAUAA